CAAAAAGAAAGAUUAACUACAUCCCUCUUCUGGGAAACUUAAAACAGGUGGUUAUCACAUUCACCAAAGAAGAAAAGAAAUAUAUGCAAUGAUGGAGCACAGCCACUCCCUAAUCAUUCUAUCCCUAGUUGGUCUAUUAUUGAAAAUUUGUGGAUCAACAGUUGCACCUGAUUCCAAACCGAAUGUGGUACUGAUAAUGGCAGAUGAUCUGGGAAUUGGUGACCUAGGAUGCUUUGGCAAUGUUACACUUAGGACUCCUAAUGUUGACCGUCUCUGCAAAGAAGGUAUAAAACUCACUCAGCAUAUUUCUGCAGAAGCAAUGUGUACCCCCAGCAGAGCAGCUUUCCUUACAGGCAGAUACCCUGUCCGAACAGGGAUGGUCUCUAGAAAUAGCCGCCGUCCCUGUAGUGUAUUCAACUCACUUGGGGUCCAUGGAGGGCUCCCUCGGAAUGAAACCACAUUUGCAGCCACCCUAAAGAAGCAUGGUUAUAGCACAGCACUGAUAGGUAAAUGGCAUCAAGGUUUAAACUGUAAAUACCGAAAUGACCACUGCCAUCAUCCUAACCACUAUGGCUUUGACUAUUUCUAUGGCACGCCACAUACACUUUCUUUUUCUUGUAAGCCAGAUUCCACCCAUGAUACAGAAUUAACCUUAGCAAGUAAACUUUGGUUUUGCAUGGAGCUAAUCAUCAUUGCUGUGCUUACACUGACCGUGGGGAAACUAACUCAUUUGGUCUCCGUAAACUGGUUGUUUAUUAUCUGCAUUAUUUUCUUUGGCUUCCUUGUGGCCUUUUUUUGGUUCUUCAGUUUUCAAAAUUCUAUGUAUUGGAAUUGCAUUCUCAUGAGACAACAGGAAAUUGCAGAGCAACCCAUGAAGGCAGAACGAGCUGGUACAAUUAUGAUGAAUGAGGCAGUUUCUUUUAUCAAAAGAAGCAAAGAUAGACCUUUCCUCCUUUUUUAUUCUCUUUUACAUGUCCAUGUACCUCUUCCCACAACAAAUGAGUUUAUUGGAAUUAGCAACCAUAGCUUUUAUGGAGACAAUGUAGAAGAGAUGGACUUUCUGGUGGGCAAAAUUCUUGAUAGUAUUGAUGCAAAUGGUUUGACAAACAACACAAUUGUGUACUUCACCUCAGACCAUGGAGGGCAUCUGGAGGCCAUGAGAGGAAGGGUUCAUGUAGGGGGCUACAAUGGAAUAUAUAAAGGUGGAAAAGGAAUGGCAGGCUGGGAAGGUGGAAUCCGAGUCCCAGGGAUUAUUAGAUGGCCAGGAAUGUUGACAGCUGGAAAAGUUAUUGAGGAACCUACAAGUUUGAUGGAUAUUUACCCAACUCUAGCUGCACUAGUAGGGGCAACUUUGCCUCAGGAUAGAGUGAUUGAUGGACGAGAUCUUAUGCCCUUAUUGAAGGGAGAAGUUCAACACUCAGAGCAUGAAUUCUUGUACCACUACUGUGGCCCAUUUUUACACGCUGUACGGUGGCACCCAAAGAACAGUGAUGCCAUUUGGAAGGUCCAUUUUGUGACUCCAGUUUUCCAUCCCAAAGGAGCAAUAGGUUGCUAUGAUACCUUAUUUUGCCCAUGUGUAGGGGAAAAUGUUACACAUCAUGAUCCACCUUUGCUGUUUGAAAUCUCAAGGGAUCCUUCUGAAUACAAGCCCCUCUCCCGAGACAAUGAACCCAUCUAUGAUACAGUGAUAAAGACAGUAAAAAGAGCAUUGAAGAAGCAUCGAAAGACACUCACACCUGUCACAGAGCAACUUACUUUGUAUAACAAAGAUCUAAUAUGGCUGAAGCCAUGUUGUGGUGUUUUCCCAUUCUGUCUGUGUGAUAAGGAAGUUGGAAAUUUUACUAUGUAA